CCGCUCGUUUAUUUCGCGACAAGAACGAGACACAAAGUCCUCAAUUAAAUACAGCAGGAACGGAAUAAGUUUCCGCGUUGCCAAAUUUGCUACCAAACUCCGCCGAGAACGAGGAAGUGCUCGAGUAGUUUUCGGCUCCUUGGUCCCGAGGUCGACUACUCUGCGCGGCCGCCUUGCGUGCACUCAUUGCGGGGGAGAGUCGCUGCGAUGGACCGAGCUGUUACAAUGGAUCACUACAAGGCGGCCAUGUUGCUCAGCGGUGCAGGCGAUGCUCUGGGCUUCAGGAACCAGAGGUGGGAGUACAACAAGUCCGGACCAGCCAUUCACAAGGAGCUGGAGGAGCUCGGCGGGCUGAAGAACAUCAAGGCCGAGCUUCCCGAUUGGCCCGUGAGCGACGACACCAUCCUGCAUCUUGCCACGGCCGAGGGACUCGCCACCGGCAAGAAGGGAGAAGAGCUUCUGCACGAGGUGGCCGCUCGCUACGUGGAGGGGAUGAAAGACAUGGAAGGGAGGAAACCGGGACCCUCAAGCAUUCUGGGAGUGUCGCAGCUGAGGCCCGGGGAGGACGGGGGCUACAGAGUUCCGUACAACCCGGAGGGGACGGGCUGCGGAGCUGCCAUGAGGUCCAUGUGCAUUGGCCUCAGAUACCCGAAGCCCGACCAGCUGCUUUCCCUGGUGGCGGUUGCCGUGGAGACGGCCAGAAUGACCCACCCUCACCCCACCGGUUUCCUGGGAGCCGUCGCCUCGGCGCUUUUCGCCGCGUACGCCGUCCAGCGCCGGCCCCUCACCACGUGGGGGGUGGGCCUGCUCAACGAGGGGUGCCCCAUCGCCAGGAACUUCGCGCGGGGUCGAGGCUACGCUGUGGACGAGACCGAGCGGGACUGGGGCUACUUCUGCGACAAGUGGCAGUGGUACCUGGACACGAGGGGCAUCUCGAACGGGGUGGGGCCGCCAACGUGGCCCGACUCGUACGGGCCAGCCGAGCGGGACCAAGCGUACGAGACGUUCAGCCUGGCCGGGUGGGCGGGGCGCAGCGGACACGACGCGCCCAUGAUCGCGCUGGACGCUCUGCUCGGGGCCGGCUCGGACUGGGAGGAGCUCAUGAGCAGGGCGGCCUUCCAUGGAGGUGACAGCGACAGCACCGCCGUGAUCGCCUGCUGCUGCUGGGGACUCCUCCACGGCACCCGCGGGGUCCCCGAAGGCAACUACGCCCGCCUGGAGUACCGCGAACGACUGGAGCGCAGCGGCGAGCUGCUCUACUCGCUGGCGCACUGACCGAGGCCAGUGCGGGGCGGGGCGGGCGGCCCCCCCCCGCGGCAAGGAGAAAGUAGGCCACGCGGGGGACGACGUGUUGAUGCACAACGAGCUGAGCCGUGCUUGGCUGUCGCAGAGCGGCAGCGCGUUUGGUGCCGCGCUUGCCCCGGGGGGACGCCGUGUGCCACUGACCCACACGGGAGUCACAACAAGGACGAGACUGUCACAUGAUGUCGUUAAGAGUACGGCUGCUACUUUAUCCAUAGGGGCCCCUGGUGGUCAUAUGAAGUAACUGCAGCAUUAUAAUGAGUGCAACCACUUGACGCAAAUGACAAUGACAGUUAUUUGAUAUCACUGAUAUCUAGCUUCAGGUCUAUGUACUAGUACACUCUGUCCUAGUAGAUCGACUGUCUUACUGAUGUUUGACAUUUCCGCAUGCUAGUGCGACUCCUUUGCAUUGUUAGUAGCUAGUAGCGCACAGAUUAGCAUCACUAGUAAUGUAGUUGUUUAACAAAUGGCUUUCUGCUGUGUACUAAUUGAAACACAACUAAGACAAAGUCGUUCUACUUGUGAGCGGAAUUCCACGGUUCAGGUACUUACCGGUCGCUACUUGAUUUUUGUGACCCGGAUGUUUAGUAGGCUGUAGAAUGCUUACGUGGGUCAACGCGACUGCAACCCUGUAAACAAAAGAAUAAAAUAACACCACAGUAUGUUGUA